CGAUCGUGAUACAGAAAAAUAGUGAUGAUCAUCUCAUGGCCCUCGGCCUGUCGGUGAGUGGUAAUCGUCUCACGGCCCUCGGCCGUGCUGGUGAUGUGUCAAGUCUCUCUCCUGAUUGGCUGUGAGAAGCCGAUCGUCUGCCAGGACUCCAUCCGGGAAGGAAUGGUGAGCCUGAAAUAAAUCUGGGCGAUGUCCCUUCUACCUGAUCUGGGGAGCUAAUCGUCGUUCGAGGCAAAAGAAAACCUGAUGUUAGCCGAUCGUCGUCGGCCACUUCAUUCUUCGUACUUAAGUCUUGUAAUUAUUCUUUACAUAUGUUUUUCAGUUUGUACUUCCCGGCCAAUAGCGCCGAGGGAUAAAAUCAUUCUUUGCUCCGUGCUCUUCUGGCAUCUUUCUUUCUUUUUUUUUUUUUUUUUUUUUUUUUUUGGAGUCUUUUAGUCUUCGUUCGUCCUUGGUCCCUGGUCCCACCGGCGUCCCUACUUCGAGGAGACGUUCGGUGUCCGCCGACAUCGCAAGGAGGAACAGGUUUAUCUACAUCGAGAUUCCCCCCUUUUUUCGUUCGUCCGUGGUCCUUUUAGCCUUACCGACGUCUCUUGCUUCGAAGAGGACGUUCGAUACCCAAGGACUCGCAGGGACGAACUGGUCUACCCUCACGGGUUCCCGUCUUUGUUAUCCCACGUCCAUCGAUCCAUGGUCAUUUGUGGGAUAAACAGGUUUAUCUUGGCAAGGCUCCCUUGGUUCGUCUAGCCCCCUCCGCGUCUCUACUAACCUCUACAUCGAGGGGCGUUCGUCUUCGGCGGUGGGAGAAGAUCUGGCACGCCCGGGCAAGAUUCCCUUCCACAUAGGAGCUACCCUCCUCUUCUCCCCAUCUUUUUUUUUUUUUUUGUUUUUUUUUGUUUUUUUUUUUUUUUUUUUUUUUUUUUUUUUUUUUUUUUUUGUUUGAGGGAGGCAAUCUAUAUUCUUCGUUCGUCAUUGGUCCCUGGUCCUACCGGCGUUCCUACUUCGAGGAGACGUCCGGUAUCCGCCGACAUCUCAAUGAGGAACAGGUUUAUCUGCAUCGAGAUUCCCUGGUGCUUCGUUCGUCCUUGGUCCCUGGUCCCACCGGCGUCCCUACUUCGAGGAGACGUUCGGUGUCCGCCGACAUCGCAAGGAUGAACAGGUUGUCACACAUAAUGGUGGUGCGAUAGCGAACGAAUAUAAUGACGAGGCGAUAGAAUAGCUGAUCGUCAUGCGAAGGCCCUGGCCACCCUCCUGGAGGGGAGUCGUGAGCCCGAUCACAAACUCAAGAGGGUCGGCAUUGGGAGCCGACAAACAAUGAUCAUAAUGCCGCUGAGCAGUCGGUCCUGAUAAGGAGAUGACAAUAGUGUCCGAUCAGGCCGAUAUAUCCACGCAACGGCUCUCAUCCACGCAGCGCGGGGAUGAAACCGGUCUUCAAAAGAUAAUAUGUCGUGCCGAGAGGCCGAACAUAACAUGAUAGUGUCGGCAGUGAGAGGCCGACCUGAAAGAAUCAAACAACGGUCCUCGUCCGCGAUGUGGCGGGGACGAGGCCGGUCUUCAAAAGAUGAACACGCCGAGCCGAGGGGCCGGUCGUGGUAUGAUAGUGUCGGCCAUGAGAUGCCGAUCAAGAUAUGGUCAAGCAACGGCCCUCGUCCGCGAGGUGGCGGGGACGAGGCCGGUCUUCGAAUAAGAUAAUCACGCCGUGUCGAGAGGCCGGUCGUGAUAUAAUGAUGUCGGCAAUGAGAGGCCGACCUAAAAUCAAGCAACGGUCCUCAUCCGCGCAGCGCGGGGACGAGGCCGGUCUUCAAAAGAUAAACACGCCGUGCCGAGAGGCCGGUCGUGAUAUAAUGAUGUCGGCAAUGAGAGGCCGACCUAAAAUCAAGCAACGGUCCUCAUUCGCGCAGCGCGGGGACGAGGCCGGUCUUCAAAAGAUAAACACGCCGUGCCGAGAGGCCGGUCGUGAUAUAAUGAUGUCGGCAAUGAGAGGCCGACCUAAAAUCAAGCAACGGUCCUCAUCCGCGCAGCGCGGGGACGAGGCCGGUCUUCAAAAGAUAAACACGCCGUGCCGAGAGGCCGGUCGUGAUAUAAUGAUGUCGGCAAUGAGAGGCCGAUCAAGUGUACCCAUGCAAUGGCUCUCAUCCGCGCAGCGCGGGGAUGAUACCGGUCUUCAGAAGAUGAUAAUCACGCCGUGCCGAGAGGCCGGUCGUGAUAUGAUUGUGUCAGUUGGCCCUCGGCCGCGAUGGUCUCCUCUAGGCCUUCGGCCUCUGAAUGAUGGAUGAUCGUCUCACGGUUCUUCGCCGUGACAGUUCCCUCUAGACCCUCGGCCUCUAGGUGUUCUUCCUAGGCCAUCGGUCUCUGGGGUGGAGAUGCUCAUCCCACGGUUCUCAACCGUGGUGGUCUCCUCUAGGCCCUCAGCCUCUAGGUGGAGAUGUUCGUCUCACGGUCCUCAGCCGUGAUGGUCUCCUCUUUAGCUGGCCCUGAACGUCUUCAAGACUCGGGCCGAGCGUCUUUUAAUCAUUUUGCUCGAGCGCGUCGAGUGGCUUCAGCUGCGCAAUAAGUAUGGUAACGGGCCGCACGGCCCGACAAUAUGUAUACACACACAACCAUCUGCAUGGCCUUCUCUCUAACACCCACGAUUACCGGCCUAUGGGUUACAGUGACCCUCGGCCCGGCUCAACGUGCGGGGUUAAUGGACGUAGCAGCUCGCGGCGGGGCCAAUCAGCGGCCCACCGAGCUUCACAUAGAAAUAUGCAUCGGUCCGUGAGUUUUCAACUCAGACCCAAGUUAGUCGCACUGCCCUCGGAAAAAGAAGGUUGAGCGCUUUGGUGCCUUCGGGCCCCACAGGCCGUGUUUGGCACAGUCACUUCGCCUAGUGGCACAAGUGGUACUAGCGUACGAUCGUCGCUCG